GAGGUGUGAGGGGGGAGGACGGCGUGGCUGGACAUGCGCUCUUCUGCGGAACUGGGUAGGCGCGCUGGGAGAAGAUGGCGGCGGCGGGGGAAGCGGCAUGAGCGGCCUCACUCAUUGAAAGUGUCCAGCAUGGCCUCCCCGGGCGCGCAGUACGUUUUUGGGGAGUUCACGGAUGAUGAGUUCCGGCAGUUCUUCACCAGCUCUCGCUGCACGGUAGAGGUCCUGAAAGAAGAAGAAAGAGGAGGAUGCCGGCAGCGCGGACAAGUGGAAAAGUUGCCUCCUUUUAAUGAAACCAUUUUAUGUGGCCCCCAAACUUCAUGUGAUCUUCCUCAUGAUGGUGAUGAAUAUCAGAGAAUCGAGUUUGGGGUCAGUGAAGUGAUCGACCCAGAUGCUGCCCAAUUCGGUAACUCUGGCUACAGUAUUUCCAGCACCUUAAAUCCACAGGCUCCGGAGUUCAUCCUCUCCUGCAGCCCGACCCAGAAAACUCCUGACAUCCUUCUUACAAACGACUUAAACGAUGACGACGGUCAAGACCAUGAAACUAUUGUCCCAGAUGGCAGCGCAGACAAUGAUGCGACAUGCCGGCAGAAAGAGAGGAAGAAGAAGAAAAAACGGCCCCCGGGGUAUUACAGUUACUUAGAAGGUGUUGAUGGUGGCGGCGCUCCUGAAGAGACCCUUGUGAAUGGGCACGCCACCUCAGGACUUGACAGUAUAAGCACAGACGAGCCUGAGCUUGCAGAAGAUGUUCGGGCAUCUUCAGCCUCUCCUAGGAGUUGUUACAGCCCAGAGAUCUCUGUGGACUUCAGCAACGAGGCUGUCGAUGAGGGCAGCACUUCUGUACCUAAUGCACUAGAUAAUGGCAGGACUGCUGGCCAGCCUGAGGAUGCUCAUCGUCAGACAAUGGGCGGGAGAGGCCCACUAAGGACAGCUGAGGAGCAGCCACUGGCUGUCUCUGAUACUACUGAAACUGGGGUAACCAAUGGACAGACACUUGAAGCCACAGAAGACACUGCCGCCUCUAAUGUGGAUUUACAUCCUGAGGCCGAGCAAAUAAAGCCAGAGGAUACGUCCUGGUCUCAGGCUGUGAACAGGCUUCUAUUGGCCCCCGGCAAUCCACCAGCUAAGUCCUGGGCUAGUCUCUUUCAUAGUUCCAAGCCCUCCAACCCCACUUGUGCUUAUGUUGAAACUAAACCUGACCCCCCUCCUGCUGACCCUCCGGCCCUGAGAAACAGGUUGACUAAAGAGAGCCCCGUUCCUGUGACAGAGGACGCUGUAGCCAUAAAGAUUGCAGAGCUCCUGGACGGGGUCAAGCUCAUCCAUAAACCGGUGUCGUUACAGCCACGUGGACUCAUCAACAAAGGAAACUGGUGCUAUAUCAACGCUACCCUACAAGCUCUGGUGGCCUGUCCGCCCCUGUAUCACCUAAUGAAGUGCAUUCCAGUGUACACCAAACUCCAGAGGCCGUGUACAUCCACUCCAAUGAUCGACAGCUUUGUUCGCCUGAUGAACGAAUUCUCUAACAUGCCGGUUAUUCCUAAGGCCAAGCAAGCUGCGGCUGGUGAAAAGGUUGUUCGCGACCUUCGCCCCGGGACCCGUUUGAACCCAACGUUCAUCUACCAGUUGCUGACUGUCUCCAAAUCAACCCUUUCAGAUAAGGGGCGGCAGGAGGACGCGGAGGAGUACUUGGGCUUCGUGCUGAAUGGAUUACAUGAAGAAAUGUUGUGUCUGAAGAGGCUCCUGUACCCGCAGAGCGACAUUUUGAGCUUUGUGGAUGAAGAGAACAGUUCUAUAAGCUGCAGAGUCCUGGGGCCGCAGUGGGCAGAAAUAUCAAAUGGACCUGAUACUCAGCCAGCAAAUGACGAAGGCGACUCAUACCAGCAUGGAGGCCAAGCGGAAGGGAGCGACGAGGAGUGGGAGCAGGUGGGACCCAGAAACAAGUCGUCCAUCACUCGGCAGGCAGACUUUGUGCAGACUCCUAUUACGGACAUCUUCGGAGGACACAUGAGGUAG